AUGGAUCCUCCCCAGAAAACGGAAGACGAUCUCUUCCACCACCACCACCACCACCACCACGAUCUGGGCCCACCUCCGGCACCGGUCAUCAUCCCCAAUCAUUAUCAAUCUCAGCCGUCCAUUCAAGAAGACCUCUACUUCCGCUCCUCUUCCCCCGACUCACCCAGUCAAUCCUCCGACAACGACGAUUCCUCCCUCCUGCUCCUCCACCGUCACAAUGAACCGAAGCCGCGGCCAAAGCCUCUGUUCAUCAGCCCAGAGUCGCACAUCUCCUCCCAAUUCUACACUUUCAACGCGGACUCCCACUCGCUCAUGAUCCGCUGCAUCCUGGAGCACCGCCUUGCUACCCCUGACGAGAUCCGCGCCGCCACUCACCGCUCCGUCCUCAAGUCCUGGCGCGCCGUCUGGAAGGAUCGCAACGAGGACACCGCUUACGUCACCGGCUGGAAGCGGAUCCAGGAGAAGCUCGCCGCCCACGUCGACCCCACCUCCGGUAACGAAUUCCUCUGCUUCAAGAAUAACACCCAGCAGUUUGUUUCCCACAUUAAUCAAUGGCAGGACAUUGUUAUGAGCUUCCAUGGGGAUGCGGAUUUGAAACAUUUAGGCCUUCGAGAGACGAUUGAGCGGAUUAAGCAGAUUUGGACUGUAGGGGCCAAAUUUUAUGGAAUCCCUGAGAGUUACAUUAGGGUUUGUGUCGCUGCCUGCCCUGUUUGCUCCGCCUCCGAGGGCUCUGCCUCCAGAAACAAACGUCGUCGUUUCGAGUACACCGAGUCAUUUGAUUUGCCUGCCAAGGAUGUACCUGAUAAGCUGCAGCAGUUGGCUGCCAAACACAAGGUUGUGCUCUGCAUUAGGCAGAAGUACAUUAGGUAUAAGCCUUUUAUGGCCGAGGUUAAGGAUUAUGCUUGUCACAGGGCUGGGGAACCUGCAGCAAAGAAGUCUAGAAUGCUUAAGAGGGAGCCGUAUGCUUCCAAGAGGUGUGGCUGUGGUUUUAGGAUUAGGGCAAUUGUGCCAAUUGCAAAUUAUAACGACAAGGAUAAGACAUUUGUGUAUCAAGAAGAAGGGGUGGCCGUGUUUAAGCUCUAUGCUGUGCAUUCAGGGCACGAGCCGGGACCUUUGGAUGGGAAUGCUAGAAUUAUGCACAGAGUUGUUGGGCAUAAAGGUGGUUUUAUGACGGACCAAGAAAUGGACUAUGGCGAUGAAGGGCAGUUUCAGCUGUCCGUCAUGCAGCAAGUGCAGGAGUUAAAAGCUGAGAUUAGUCUUUUAGAAGGGAGAUUGAGGAAAGUUCCGAGUGAAUAUUUGGGUUCGGUAUCUCAAGAACUGUUUGAUGUUGUUAAUAAAGUUAGGAGUAUUGGGGAUGAGAGCUCAAAGACUAUUAGUUUGCUUCCUGGCAAGCCUAAUUCUGACGAUGCCUUGGUGGGAGAGGAUGAAUUGGCUCAUUGGAGCGAUCAUCACGACGACAAUGACAGUUUCGGAAGGACACUUGGGGAUGUAGUAGUCCCUUGGGACCAGAAAUGGUUGAAAUGCAGUGAUUUUGACGAGAAGAGCAUUCUUGAAUGUGAAGAUAGUAAGCUAACAAAGCCUUUGAGGCACGAUGACGAGGCUAUAGUAACAGAUGUAGGUCUGAUUCAAGUUGACAGUUUCUAUCAAGACAAUACCAAGUGGUAUGAUUCACCUUGUGGGCUGGACUCCACUGGAGAUUGCGGGGAUAGUGAAUUCAGACAUGGCGAGAUGGUUUAA